AUGAAUCGCACUCCCUUUGUCUCAGGUAUGUCAGACGCUGAUGGCCAUCGGGUCAUGUUUUUAGCCGAAGUUGCCUUGGGAAAUCCACAUUCCAUCUACAACUAUGAUUCCUCCAUCAAGGCACCGCCUGCCGGCUACGACAGCGUUAUUGGUGAAGGGGUAUCGGAAGCCGCUUCGGACACCUUUGUCGAAGUUCGAUUUCCAGAUAGUACGGCAAGGGCCUUCACUAGCACACCGAUACAGCGCAAGCACCAAUCAAAUUUCCACUACAGCGAAUAUCUCAUUUACCGCGAAUCACAAUGCCGUCUGCGUUUCGUCAUUGAAUACACUCACAGCUGA